GUUCCUGGUGACGCUGAGUCAUCUGCCGUCUGUUUGUGGGCUGACUAUAAAGACGGGACAUGGUUUAGACUCCAGAAGGAGGCAGCAGCCGUGGGUCUCCGGUCCCAGCGCUGUGUGGCUACUGCUCGAGCUCACACCCUCUGCUGCCCAGCGCCAUGGAGGUCCCUGCGGCUGGCCUGGCCGUCCUGCUUCUCACCGCGGCACUCUGUUCCCAGACCUCCUCUUCCUUUUUUGGUGCUGAUACCCCGACCACCUGCUGCUUCUUCUAUAUCUCCCGGCAGAUUCCUCGGAAAUUUGUGGUCGACUAUUAUGAGACCAGCAGCCAGUGCUCCAAGCCUGGUGUCAUUUUCCAAACCAAAAGAGGCCGGCAGAUCUGUGCCCACCCGAGGGAGGCCUGGGUCCAGGAGUACAUCAGCGACCUGGAGCUGAAUGCCUGAGUGGCCUGGAAGCUACAGGGAAGGUGUUCCAUCUGUGUGAAGACUGGCACCUGCCCAGGGCAAUGACCUUGGAACUCUGGAGGGCACCUCCUCUACAGGUCUCGCCCCCCCACCCCCUUGCCACACUUUGCAGCCCUCUUUUACUUUAAUUUUCGUUUAUGUAUCUUAUUUAACUUUUGUAAUUUAUUUCCAUUGUUGACUUGUGUGACGUAAUAGUUAUUUUCUCUGACUUCUCAUGACAUUCUCUUUACCCGCCCCCCCUUCAGUUUCUCCUCAUAUUCACUAUAUGGAUCACUCAGCAGGAUGAGCUCUCUCUUGGAGCAGCUCUAUCAUAUAUCUCAAACAAAAAAUGCUGACGGGAUGGUUGGCCCGGCUCUGCGUUUCAAAAUAUUGAAGGGCGGGGGGUGCCUGGGUGGAUCAAUCAUUAAAGCGUCUGCCUUUGGCUCAGGUCAUGAUCCCGGGGUCCCGGG